UAUUAUCAAACUUUAUUAUUUUUUUAAUAUAUUGUAAUGUUCUUCAUAGUUUUUGAUAUUUACCUGACAAUAUUUAUACAUACACGUCAUAACUUACGCGAAUGUUAAAAGACGAAUGAAAUUAUUUAUUAAUAAAUAUGGAACCAUUAUAUCAUCAAACAAACAAAUUAGUACAGGAAACUCAGCAUCUUUUCUCACAACUUGAGAAAAAGACGCUUAACCUAGAUGUUAAAGAAAUAGAAAACAGUAUAGAAUCAAAGAUAAAUCUCAUCAACAGUAAUUGUGAAAAAUUAGAUGUGUUAUGUCUCAAGGGUCCUAUAUUUCAAAGGCAAAAUGCUAAGAUGCGUGUAGAUCAAUUAAAAUAUGAUAGCCGUCAUCUCACAGCUGCUUUAAAUUCUUGGAGAAAUAAAAUUAUUAAAAAACAAAGAGAAGAAGCUGAAAGAGAAGCAUUAUUAUCUAGAACAUUUACUACAAAUGAUCAUGUUGAUAUUAUGAUAGAUCAUAAUGUACAACAUAAUUAUAGUUUGAAAAAUGCAAUUUAUGGUGUAGAUGAUCUUCUUCAAAGUGGAAGUAGUAUUUUAGAUAGUUUGAAAUCACAAAGAAUAACUUUAAAAGGGGCUCAUAAAAGAUUAAUAGAUAUUGGAAAUACAUUAGGACUUUCACAAACUACAAUGAGACUAAUAGAAAAAAGAGCAAGGCAAGAUGGAUUUAUUUUAGUUGGUGGAAUGUUAUUUACAUGCCUUGUUAUAGUUUUAGUUAUAAUUUAUCUUACAUAGAAAAUAAUUUUCUAUUAUAUAUAGGAUGAUGCAAUUAACAAUAUUAGUUACUAAGCAGUUAUUUCUAAAAUUAUAUACAAAAAUUUGACAUGUUUUUAUUAUAUGAAAAAUACAUUUGAAUUAAUAAUGUUGAAUGCCUCAUCCUUACUUAUUAGAUUGAAUGUUGCAUUAUAAAUUUGAAAUUUUUAAUUGUUGCUAAUUAUAAUAUAUAUUAAUAAAUUUGUAUACAAUAAAAUAAGAAUGAUACAUACAUCUAAGUAUUAUAUAAAUUUA